UGUUCCACUCGCGCAGGCGCAGUUCGAAUCGCCUCAGUUCUUCUCCGGCGGCCGGCACCAAUCCUUCAGCCGUGGAAUGGCGGAGGCGGAGGUGGGGGCGGCGGAGCUGUGCUGCAUCUCUCACGCGUUCGACCGCGCCGCUCGCCGGGACCCCGACCGCCUCGCCGUCAUCCACGCGCCGGCCUCAGGCGGCGACGGCGAGGAGCGCCGCUUCACCUGCGCGGACCUCCUCGCCGCCGUCGCCUCUCUCUCCCGCCGCAUCGCCGCCGCACAUGGCGGCACUCCCACCGACCGCCUCGAGCACCCAGGAUCUCGGGGCGGCGGCGCGGAGCCGAGGGUUGUCGGGGUGCACGCCUCGCCGUCGGUGGAGUACGUCGUCGCCGUCCUCGCCGUGCUCAGGUGCGGCGAGGCGUUCCUGCCGCUGGACCCGGCGUGGCCAGAGGAGAGGGUCUCGUCGGCCGUCUCGGCUUCCAACGCUGCCCUCGUCGUCUCAUCAGUUGGGUCGCAAGGAGCCCCCGUGUUUGAGAGCAGCCCUUGCCCUGUUCUGCACUUGGGUGGUGACAUCCGGCAAUGGUCUCGGGACGAAAAUGGUGGAGAGGACCUUGCCUGGCCGUGUGAGCGCGACAGACCCAGGAAGUUCUGCUAUGUGAUGUUUACCUCUGGUUCCACUGGGAAACCCAAGGGCGUUUGUGGCACCGAGAAAGGUCUUCUCAAUCGCUUUUCGUGGAUGCAAAGAAGGAAUCCUCUAUGUUCAGAUGAUGUGUUGUUGUUUAAGACAUCUAUCAGCUUUGUUGACCAUCUACAGGAGUUCCUUUCUGCGGCGUUGACUUGCACAACACUUGUCAUUCCUCCUCCCAGUGAGUGGAGAGCUAAUCCAGCAUCCUUGGCCAACUUGAUUAAGGUUUACCGGAUAUCAAGGAUGACUUUGGUUCCAUCACUUAUGGAGAUAAUACUACCUGCCCUGGCAAAAAAACUUCCUGAUGGCUGUAACCCACUUAAGAUCCUAAUAGUUAGCGGGGAACUUCUUUCAGUCUUGUUGUGGAAGAGGGUCUAUGAAGUUCUGCCAGAGACUACUAUCAUAAAUCUGUAUGGAACAACGGAGGUUUCUGGUGACUGUACAUUCUUUGACUGCAAAGAUUUGCCUACAAUUUUGGAGCGAGAAGACUUGAACAGUGUGCCAAUUGGAUUUCCUAUUUCAAAUUGUGAGGUUUCUCUUGUCACUGAAGAUGGACUUGGAGAUGAAGGUGAAAUCUCUGUCAGUGGAGCAUGCUUGUUUUCUGGCUAUUUAGCUGAUCCCAUGACAAGUAACGGCCUUGGCGACAAUGGAAUUUCAGCAUACUAUAAAACAGGUGACUUUGGUCGACGCCUAAAGACCGGUGAACUUAUUUUCCUUGGGAGAAAGGACCGUACCGUUAAGAUUUAUGGGCAGCGUUUCUCACUGGAGGAGGUAGAAUCCACCUUAAGGGAACAUCCUGAUGUCAGUGACGCUGCUGUUACUUUUCAAGGUAAUGGAUCUCUUGAUUUUAAGGCAUACCUGGUGCUGAAGAGUAACGAUGAAUUUCCGAAAUGUUAUAGUCGAUUAAAUUCUUCUCAAGAUAUCAUGGCACCACUUCGAAGUUGGCUCAUCAUGAAGCUUCCACUAGCUAUGGUUCCAAGGCUUUUUAUCCCCAUGGAAUCAUUGCCUUUGACUUUGUCAGGAAAGAUUGACUAUGCAAAGUUAUCUAGCUUGGAGUGGGCAUUGGGACCUUGUGAAAUUGAGUCAGAAAACAGUCCAGUUGAUGCUCAUAUGCAAGUUAUUAAAAAGGCAUUUUCUGAUGCCCUACUUGUUGAUGAAGUUUCCGAGUAUGAUGAUUUCUUUGCCUUGGGCGGUAACUCAAUUGCUGCUGCACAUGUGGCUCACAAGUUGGAGAUUGAUAUGAGACUACUUUAUAUCUAUACCACUCCUUCUAAGCUUUUGCAUGCUUUAUUUGUGGAGAGCAGUUGUGUCGUUUCUCCUACACAUGAGUUUCACAACAGGAAGAGGUUGAAAGUAUCAGCAAGCAUAUCAGGCUCCUUCGAUCCAGUUUCUGCACAUUUGGAUAAUAACUUACAUGGGAAAGGGAAUAUAGAUGAAGAAGGCAAACAUGAUCACUUUGCUGGGAAUCAUGUAAAUGAAACAGUUGGCCAGCUUAAUAAAAAUAUGAAUAAUGAUAGAUACCGGGUGAAAGAUCUCUGCUCAGAUGCAUGCUUGAAUGAUGGAAUUUUCAGUGGCAGCCCAUCGUCACCAUGGAUCCUAAAUUUUUACUUGCAAAAGAAGUGGUCUUUUGGUCGUUGCAAUAGAUUUAUGCAUGGUUAUGAAGGGAUCCUAAAAGUUGAAGAUUUUUGCACAUCUAUUCCAUACAACAAAAGAGGUUACCUCGUGAAACUUUGGGACAUUCUUCUGGAUUCAUGUGUUGAUGCUUCACCUUUGCUUGUUGUGAACAAUGGGAUGGUUAACAUUUUUAUUGGUUCUCAUUCACACUUGUUCCUCUGCAUUGAUGGUUGUAGCGGUUCAGUGAGGUGGAGUGUCAAAUUGGAAGGUCGUAUUGAGUGUUCUGCCGCAAUAACUGGUGAUUUCUCAGAGGUUGUCAUUGGAUGUUAUAAAGGGAAAAUUUACUUCCUUGAUAUGUCUACAGGAAAACUAUCCUGGACCUUUCAAACUGAUGGGGAGGUAAAAAUGCAACCAGUUGUGGACAGGACGAGGAACUUAAUAUGGUGUGGCUCCUAUGACCAUUACUUAUAUGCUUUAAAUUACAAAGAUCAUUGCUGCACUUACAAAAUUUCUUGUGGUGGAAGCAUUUAUGGUUCUCCUGCUGUAGACAUGGCACAAAACAUAAUCUAUGUCGCAUCUACGAGUGGCCUUGUGGCUGCAGUGUCAUUUGAGGAACCAUCAUUCAAGAUGAUUUGGCAAUAUGAAGCUGGUGCACCAAUAUUUGGUUCUCUCGCCUUAGAUCAUCAAAGUGGAAAAGUUAUUUGUUGCUUGGUGAAUGGCCUAGUUAUCGCAUUGAACUCACAAGGCACUGUUAUUUGGAAGGCAGCUGUUGGUGGUCCUAUUUUUGCUGGUGCAUGUUUGUCACCCACUCUCCCAUAUCAGGUGCUUAUACCUUCCCGUGAUGGCAGUUUAUACUCUUUCGAUAUUGCUUCUGGUGCCCUUCUUUGGGUAUACAAUGUUGGGGAUCCAAUUACUGCAUCUGCUUUUGUUGAUGAGCUGUUAACAUCAGAGUCAUUCGGACCAUCUGAGAGAUUUGCUUGUGUCUGCACGAGUUCUGGGAAGGUCCAUGUCAUCAGGAUUAGAGCUGAUGCUAAGCAGGAGCAAGCUGGCAGAGGUGUUAAAUAUGAGCAAUUGGUCCAAGGAUUGGCGUCCAUUGAUCUUCCAGGCGACAUAUUUUCAUCACCCUUGAUGAUUGGUGGACGCAUCUUUGUUGGAUGCAGAGAUGAUCGGUUGCAUUGUCUCACGGUCACCUCAUAGCUUCAAGCGAUUUCAUCGGAGGGGUUAUAAUUCGCCAUGCCUGGCUGGCCGCUCGACAUCAUGUCUUCUGUGACGAGCCUUUUCUUACUACUAAGGCGCAGGGCAAAGCACAGUGCGUGAUAGGACAUGAUGCCCCGAGGAAAGUAUUCUGAGUGGCCUGAUCAUUCGACGAUCGGCUAGGGAUGAGUGGAGGCUCCAUCUCCUGGUGGUUGGAUCUCCAAUGGUUACCUUGCACGUCUGCACAUGUAGAGCCUGCUCGCAACGCAAGGGCUGCCUGAUUACCUGAAGGCCAUUGAUCGAGUGAGUGCUUGCCUUCCAACCUCACGUUGCCAUCACGGGACUUGCAUUCACCCCACGUUAACCAUUGUUGGUACCCUGCAGGGCUGUUGAGUCAUGCUUUUGUUCCCUGUGUUCUCCCGACUUUAUCAGCGGUGACUGAACCGAAGCUGACUGUUUUGCCCGCAGCAAUAGGCAGAGGCUGUACAAUUGCUCACACACCAUGUCCGGUGUGAUGGGCAGAGAGCCGUUGAAAUUGAUGUAGAUAGACCAAUGCAAGCAGUGUUGUAGCUGCAGUUUCGUUCUACUUGCUGCACAGAAGCCAAAACUUUCAGUGAGGCGUAGUACAUUUAUACUAUUUUAUGUUUUGAUGGGACAAUGUCCCUCAAGAAAAUGUAUUAAAAUCAAUCCUACACUCUGAAUAUAGCAUGCGCAAGUUUACUUUGGAUUAGAAUUCUGUAUAUGUUUCCUUGUUCCAAUUUUCAAAGGGGGACUCUGUAAAAAAAGCUGACAAGUUGCAAUGACAUUGAAGCAGGCAUGAGUCUUAACAA